UCCGAUGUCGCCGUAUAACCUGGUAGAUAGUGGUUAGGGAAACUGUCAACUUUAGUGUCAUAUUCUUCACCACGAAUGUGCAAAUUACAUUAUCCACAAUUACAGAAUUUGAGCGUGACACGUUAUUAAUUUAAAUGUAAAUACAUUUGUUUCUUUUCUAGGCGCAGCAAGGCCAAAACAUGCUCAAUAGACGUAUGUGGCAAUACGUACUGUGCGUUUUACGGUAAAUCCAGUAUGCGUGGUGUGAUUCGGCGUUGCAAUGUUGCGAUAUUAUGUUUCCUAUCAGUUUAAAACUUGAAUGAGGUUUAGCUGAAACGAUAGCAGAUGGCAGCGAUGGUGACGGAUACGCCAAAACUCAUACUUUUAUUCAGCGGGAAGCGGAAAUCCGGGAAAGAUUACAUUACAGACCUGAUUCACAAAAGGCUGGGUUCUGAAGUAUGUUGCGUCCUGCGUCUGUCUGCCCCGCUCAAGGAGCAGUAUGCACGGGAACGGGGGCUGGAUUAUGAAGAGCUGCUGGGCUCGGGCCAGUAUAAGGAACAGUACCGGGCAGACAUGAUUGCGUGGGGUGAGAGACGGAGGACGCAGGACCCUGGGUUCUUCUGCCGCCUGGUGACCAGCGGUGCUACACACCCGGUGUGGAUUGUGAGUGACGCUCGACGUCUGUCAGACCUGCAGUGGUUUUGGAGGGAGUAUCCAAGCCAGAGCCGCUGUGUUCGGGUUGAAGCAUCAGAGGACACCAGGAGAGACAGAGGCUGGGAAUUUACACCAGGAAUAGAUGAUGCAGAGUCUGAGUGUGGGCUGGACCACGGAGUACAUUUUGAUUGGGUAAUCCGUAACGACAGUGACGCAUCACCAUUGGAGGAGCAACUGCAAGGGCUUCUCUCCCUGGCACAGGAUAAAGCAAGGGCAGGAGUGAGCUGAGAGUGUCUAAUCUUCAAAGUGAUCUAUCAAUUAUAUCAAGGUUAGAAAAAGCUGAAAAUUUUACCGAAAGUUUACUCUAAAUGUAUAAAGAUAAUGGUCAUCUAUGCAUGCAUUACAACCGUGAGACAUCUCAAUAUGAAUUCAGACACUUGGUGGCAGUGGUGUAACUACAGCAAACUGUGGUGUGUUCAGUAUUACAACACUGAUGGAUGUUGUAACAGCAGAGAACAAACUGAUGUCAUCAUUUACCUUCCAAAAAUGCAUUUAUCAAAUCUAGACACACAAUGUACAGUACUGUUCAGGUUGGUCUGGGAAACAGAAAAAAGGCAAUUUCUUAAUUUUUUGUAUGAGGUGAGACUGGGCCACAUGUUGUACAAGCUGAAUGCCUAGUGAAAAAUAUUGUUGCACCAGUAGUCACAGCACUGUGUCAGCAAUGUUUGGAGGACAAUACUAUGAAGUUGCACCUACCUUGUAGAUGCCAAGCACUGUAAAGGGAUGUAAUGCAUUACCAGUAAGGAUACUCCACUGGAUACGCCUGCAUCAUGCAAAUUUGUCCAAGGCUACACAUCUGUAGUGAUUCACUGAAUUACAUUACUGUUCUCAAUGGCCCAGUGUGUUUGUUCAGGGCUGAUUACUACUGCAUUAUGGCACUGACUCACAGGGCCAUAAUGUAAACACUGACUGAAUUGUGCAUUUCUCUGUAGCACCUUUAACAUACUGGAACUACCUGUCACAAAGACCUCCAUUGCAUCAAU